AUGACUUCCACAUUCGACCACAACUACGAUCGCAACGACGAACUCCUCGACCAAAACACCGACUCAGCCCCUCUCCUCUCCCACCAAUCCCAACCCCCCACAUCAUCAAAAAACACCACCCUCUCCCUCCCCCAGAUCCUAGCCCUCGUCUGCAUCAAUGGCGGCCUCCAAGUCUUCUUCUCAACAGUCAUGGCGAACCUUUCACCCUACCUCCACAACCUCGGCCUCUCGAAAUCCGCCGCUGCAAUAAUCAUCAUCUGUCUCCCCCUCUCUGGCGCCUUUCUAGGUCCCACGGCCGGGGCUUUCAGCGAUAGUCUUCGAACCCGUUUUGGUCGACGGAGGCCUAUCAUCCUGAGUGGCGCGGUCCUGACCGUGGCGUUCAUGAUGUUGCUGGCGUGGGUGCCUCAAUUCAUCGAAGCUGAAGCUGCUUCAUUGGCGCUGGCGAUUUUGUGUACAAUCCUCAUGGCGAUCUCGGUCCAACCCGUCCAAGCUGGUGUGAGAGCACUGAUGGUCGACAUCGCGCCCGCCUCACAGCAAAGUCGUGCGAGUUCCUGGGCGGGGAGGAUUCAGGGUGUUUCUGCGAUCUUCUCCUUCUUCGCUUCCUCCUUGACCCUUCCUAGCCUUCCUGGCUUGGGAGGACUGGCGCAGAUGCAGGCGUUGGCUUGUUUGAAUUUCAUUACCCUGGGAUCGACGGUGGCGAUAACGUGUGUCUUCAUCCACGAGAAGGAUAGUCGUCGGAUUUCAGUAGCCGGUGAGGCGAAACGAAGUGUGGCGGAUGUGUUUCGGCGCAUUUUCAGUACAGUGAAAGAACUCAAGGGGAAGAUAAGACAGACGUGCUUAACUCAGUUUUUCAGCUGGUUUGCGUGGUUUCCAUUCACCUAUUACAACACAACAUACAUCGGCGAACUGGGUUCCGCCUCCAUGUCCACCCCCUCCUCCCUCCUCACCACACCUACCUCCUCCUCCUCCCUCGCCCCCCUCUCCUUCGCCACAAUAAGCUUCAUCACAAUAACCCUCCUCCCCACCCUCCUGCCCCACGCCAGCCGCUACCUCAAUAAACCCCACACCUCAACCUCCGACUCAGACCUGAUCUGGCUCUGGACAUGCACGCAGCCCAUCCUCGGCCUCCUCCUCGCCCUCACUUUGGCAGUAAGCUAUCAAUACCAAGGCAUCAUCCUCGUAGCCUUCGCUGGUAUACCCUGGGCUGUGACGCAGUGGGUUCCAUUCGCUAUCGUUGGUUACGAAACUAGCCGACUUGGCCUAGUCCCGUCGGCGGAGCGGGAAGAUGGUGAGGAUGGGCAAAGGGGUCGAGAUGACGAAGAAGAGGAUUCCCGAUCUGGCGCUACCCUCGGCGUGCAUAACCUAGCUAUCAGUCUACCACAGGUUUUGUCAGGCCUGGUGAGUAGCGGGACGUAUAAGAUCGCGGAAGUAGCGAAGAGUGAGGUGCCGACGGCGUGGGUGCUGGCGAGUAGUGGGGUGGCGGCGUUUGUGGCGAGUUGGCUGGCGGCGAAGAUGUUGAGGUAG